AGCUGGCAAACCCCGUCAGCGAAGUUACAGGUUCCUCUUUGCUGAUCAUGGGCUCCGAGAGGUCUUUGCUGACGGUGUUGAUAAGUGGUACAGUCCUGCUCCAAGUAUCCUACGUAUGGUGCACUGUCAUCCCUUUCAGAGAAGACACAGAGAUGCCUAAAUUUGCAGCAGUGUCCAUAUUGCCAGAAAUGGAGGAAGAGGAAUUCUUGGAAAAUUCCAGGACGUUAGACCAAGAUGGCGCUCACGUGCUGCCCACAAGCCGAGCUGCAGAUCGUUUCAAGUUUAGGAUGUCAAGGUCACCAGAAGGGAGCGAGGCUGUCAAAUUUCCCGACGGUGUGGAAGCAGAGCCCUUGGAGGCGUCUGAGACACCAGUUGCGGCAUCGGCAGUCGGCGUGGCAUCCGCCUCAGAGCCAGCCGCCACGGCCACCCAGCAAGCAGGGGAGGCAGGGGAGAGUCUGCAAGCAGCGGAGACACACCAUGACGGCGCCAAAGCGUCCUCUGCGGACGCCGUCGCUCCGGCGCCGGUGGCUGCGCACGGCAGUGGCGGGUCCCUGAGAGCGGGGGGCGGCACCAGCAGCAGCAGCGGGGGCGGUGGCAGCGGGCUGCCCUUCUCCGGGCUCAUCCCUCAGGGCCUGCCCUCCGUGCCCGGACUUUCCCUCGGGGGUGGCGGGAACGCAGGCGGCGCGGGUGCGGCGCAGCAGAAUGUGCCCACGCUCUUCCUCGGAAGUUUUCAGUUGAUGCGCAUGCCGAUGCCGUCCGUGUCGGAUCUGGUGUCCAUGAUGCAGGCCGGCGCUAGCCUGUUCCAGGGGGCGCCCAACCUCUUCCAGGGCGCUCCCAACCUCUUCCAGGGGCUGCCGUCGCUGCCUGCGUUGCCUGGAGGAAGUUCCUCCUAGCGUAGCUGAGAACUUCAUCCCUUGUUCGCCCGUUUGUUAUACGAACAAAGACAACAACGGAUCUCAACUGCAAGUGACACAAUGGCAAUUGCUAAUUCUAAAUACUGAUAAAAUGGUUUCCGAAACUGCUGUGAUGAACAGUGGUAGUCUCUAUAACAUAAUUAUAACUGUAGCUUAAGCGUUGCAGUACAGUAU